UCCACCGUCCCUUCGAGACUGGUACUCGACCGAGCUGCGAUAUCCGGUAGCCCCAUCAUUGCCCGUUCCGCUUAACGGACUCCUCCUCCCAUAUAUUCCCUUACCAUGGAUCGCCGUAGGUCGUCGAAUUUCCCGCGUCCGACGAGCUCAGCAACUCCCGAUCAACCCUCCAAUCCCAUCAACAACCAUGCCAGGAGUCACUCCGAACAAACGAUCCCACAAAACUACUCAGGUCAACGUAUAGGGGCGAUAGGUUCGACGAGCGGACAAGAUAGAGCAACCUCGGGACUGUUGAGGCCACAUCUGCCACAGUCCGCAGGCCAUAUACCAGGCAGACCAAGCUGGAUCUCAACCGACCGCCCGCAGGUAGACGGCACACUAUCUAACGGGGAAGAGCAUCUGAUGCUGCGGCGACGACGGGAUCCUAGCGGCCAUUUCCCAUCCCAUUCAUCGAGUAGCUUCCGUAGCCUACAAACCAUGCCAACCGCCGUGGAGCGAAAGAGGCGGCUCACCGCCGAGGAAGGCGGGCAGGAGCGAAGAAGUGUAUUAGGCCGCCCGUUCUCCCCUGCGGGAGAGCCCCCAAGCAGACCGAAUCACAGUAUCCUCAGUUCCUCCCUUACACCUGGUGGGGCUCAACGACAUGUGUCAAGUCGAAGCGUUCCUGCCCUUAUCGACCUUACCUCCUCAAGUCCCUUGGGGCCAGCAGAUCCGAGCCCCAAUACCCGGUCAGAUUCAAGGGAGGCUGGCGGUGGAAGUUCAGAUAGCGAUAUUGUUCUCCCUAGCUGGCAGGAUGACGCCGAGGCGCCUGAAUGUCAAGUCUGCGAGACUCCGUUCAGCUUCUGGUACAGAAAACAUCAUUGCAGGAAAUGCGGCCGGGUAGUGUGUUCCAACUGUUCACCGCAUCGCAUCACCCUUCCCAGACAGUAUAUUGUCCAACCGCCAACUCCUACAGGGGAAGUUUCCGCCAAUCCCAUUGACCUCACCGGCGACUCGCCGGCAAGGCUGAACCGUCGGAGCAAUAUGUUCAUCAACCCCGCGCUUGGAGGCGGGGAGGAAGUCCGUGUUUGCAACCCCUGUGUACCGGAUCCCAAUUUGAGCCCUCCUCCGCAACCGCUUCAUAACGACCAUCUUCAAUAUUGGAGGGAUUCACGCGGGUCGAUACCUGGACUCAACACUUUCGCUCCCCGAAUUUCCUCGAGGGGUGAAAGCAAUACAAACCCCAAUGCUGGCAGUCAAGCAGCAAUUCAACCACAAUCCCCGGGUCACUUUCCCUUCCCUUCAUUUGCCCCUCCGGGUGGUCCAAACACCAAUAUGAAUCAUACCCAUGCAGGGGCAGCCACCACAGCAGACAUGUUCCUCUAUAACGCAGCUCGAAUGUACCCAAACGCACCUCAGGGGCAAAACCUUUCCACCCCCUCUCAACAACCCUUCCCCAACUCUGCCAUCUAUUCCCCUCCCCCCUACCGGCCUUUCCCAACGGGCCCUCACCCGACAACGGCGUCGUCAUUGCACUCCACCCCCCAGCCCCAGCACCAAGCUGACUCCUCCACCGACCAUCAACAAGGCGUAUUCGAAGCUCUACAUAUCCGCAACCUACUCUACGGGCCGAACCCCGACGGCCAACUCCAAGACAACCGCAUCCGCGAAUUCCACCGCCAACACGCCGACCGCAUGCGGCAAUGGCGCCAAUCCCACGAUACACACGCCCCGCCUCCCCCGCCCCCCAAGAGGGUGGUGGCGGAGGAAGACGAGUGUCCCGUCUGCGGAGAGGAGCUGCCGCCAAAGAGUCCAGAUGGCGGGGAGGCGCAGCGGGAGAGGCAUAUCGAGGAGUGCAUCCAGGGGCAUUUUGUUCCGGGUUCCGGCGGGGGGCCGUCGAGCGCGCCGGCCGCGACUACGGGGGGGACAGCGGGCCCCGCUGCGCAGGAUGGAGGGGCUACUAUGGGAGAGGCGAGCACGCCGACGCCGAGGCCACGACGGGUCACUGGGGCGCGAGGGAUGCUAGUGUGGAAGGCCAGCGAGAAGGACUGCUUCGAUGAAGAGGGGGAAGAGCAGGAGUGCAUUAUCUGCUUCGAGGAGUUCGUGCCAGGAGCAGAGUUGGGGCGGUUGGAGUGCUGGUGCAAAUUCCACGCCAGCUGCAUCCGCGAGUGGUGGGUGGCGAAGGGUGCCGGCACGUGCCCGACGCAUCAACUUCAGGAGUAAGGGGGUUGCGGCUUUUUCGGUCAUGCUUCGGCAUCGCAAUCAUUUGGAUCAUUCCGUAAAGGGCGUUCUACGGACGGAUGGGGGGGAAUCCAGCGUUUGCGGCAUGGUUCGGACGACUCUCAUUUCUCGUUUCGGUGGUCUUCGAUUUUACCAGGCGUUCAGAUGGGAAAGCAUGGGGUGGAUAACCGCCAUGUCACUCGGUCUGGGCAAUAGCUGCCCA